CGGAAAGCUAUUAUAGAUCAUGUCUCAGACUCCUUCUUGGAUACCACUGUUCCACUUCUAGUUCUCAUUGAGGCUGCUAAAAAUGGAAGAGAAAAGGAAAUAAAGGAAUAUGCUGCUAUAUUUCAAGAACACACCAGCAGGCUUGUGGAGGUGGCUAAUCUUGCUUGUUCACUAUCAACUAAUGAAGAUGGAAUUAAAAUUGUCCAAAUGGCAGCUAAUCACAUAGAGACUUUGUGCCCACAGGUUAUUAACGCAGCUUUAGCUCUUGCUGCCAGACCAAAAAGCCAGGUGGUAAAAAACAGCAUGGAAAUAUAUAAGAGCACAUGGGAGAAUCGCAUACAUGUUCUUACUGAAGCUGUGGAUGACAUUACAAGCAUUGACGAUUUUCUUGCUGUAUCAGAAGGCCACAUUCUGGAGGAUGUAAACAAGUGCAUCCUUGCACUGAGAGAACAGGCUGCUGAUGAUUUAGACCGUGCAGCCGGUGCCAUCCGAGGGCGUGCUGCAAGGGUGGCUCAUGUUGUCUCUGGUGAAAUGGAUAGUUAUGAGUCUGGGGUUUACACUGGAGGAGUGAUGAAAAAUGUUCAAUAUCUGACAAAUACUGUGAUUCCAGAGUUUGAUACUCAAGUCAAUAUUGCACUGGAGGGUUUAAGCAGGAACACAAUGCAUAAGUUUGAUGACAGUCAAUUUGUGGACAUCUCAAAGAAGGUCUAUGAUACAAUUCAUGACAUCAGAUGUUCAGUCAUGAUGAUUCGGACGCCAGAGGAAUUGGAAGAUAUAUCGGACCUUGAAGAAGACUACGAUGCACACAGUCGUACCAGUGUUCAAACUGAAGGGAAAACUGACAGGGCUAAGAUGACUCAGCUGCCAGAGGCUGAAAAAGAAAAGAUAGCUGAGCAAGUGGCUGACUUCAAGAAAGUCAAAAGGAAGCUUGAUGCAGAGAUUGAAAUAUGGGAUGACACCAGCAAUGACAUCAUAGUUUUGGCUAAGAGGAUGUGUGUGAUUAUGAUGGAGAUGACAGACUUCACAAGGGGCAGAGGCCCACUGAAGAAUACAUCUGAUGUGAUCAACGCAGCAAAGAUGAUUUCAGAGUCUGGAUCCAGGAUGGAUGUGCUGGCGCGACAGAUUGCUAACCAGUGUCCAGACCAAUCAUGUAAACAAGAUGUAUUGGCUUACCUGGAACAGAUCAAGCUCUAUUGUCACCAGCUCAAAAUCUGCAGUCAAGUUAAAGCAGAAAUUCAGAAUCUCGGUGGAGAGUUCAUCAUGUCUGCUUUGGAUAGUGUCACUUCACUAAUUCAGGCUGCCAAAAACUUAAUGAAUGCUGUGGUGCAGACAGUGAAGAUGUCCUAUAUUGCCUCCACUAAGAUCAUCAGAAUUCAAAGUCCUACUGGCCCACGACAUGCUGUUGUGAUGUGGAGGAUGAAGGCUCCAGAAAAGAAGCCCCUGAUUAAAAGAGAGAAGCCAGAGGAAAUCUAUGCAGCUGUCAGAAAAGGUUCUGCUAAGAAAAGAAUCCAUCCUGUUCAAGCUAUGAGUGAAUUUAGAGGAAGAGCAAUAAUCUAAAAUUACUAUUCUGCCACUGUGCACAUUUCAUACCUUGCAACUGCUCAUAUGGCAUCUUUAUUUUUCCACUUGUUUAAUUCUAGAAGUAUGCUAAUGUUUGGAAAUGCUCUUCUUUUUGUAUGUUUAACAUUAGCGGUAGCGUAUUUCAUCUUUAAAAACAGAUAUUUAAAAUGCAGAUUUGAUUAGUUAAUAGUAUACCAUUUAAAAUAACCUUUUAAAAAUCAUCUUAUGUUAUUGCUCACUCUUUACAAUGCCUUUUUUUUUUUGCAGCUGAGCAUUUUGAAUGAUAGGUUAGGAUGCUGUGUUAUAACAAGAGUUAGCCUUCAUGUAAUUGAAAGGCAAGGCACAAGUAGUCAACUUCAUCACUGGUGUAACUCUCUUGACUACAGUGGGGGUUACACCAAAGAUGAAUGUGGCCUGACAGUUUUAUAUUCAGAGCGCUUUAUGACAUACAGGCUUCUAUGGGUAGGAUAUAUUGGGCCAUCUCCUUAGCUGGCCUAAAUCAAAGGAAAUGUACUGAGUUACACCACAUAGGGAUCUAGCCCAUUCACUUAUCUAAAUUGAAAGACAUUUUAAAAGAUUUUUCUUCAUAAACAUUAGGUAUAAACAAAAAUGGAAUAAAAGUUUUAAAAUAUUUGACAGAACAAAAGGUGGAUUGUAACAAUGGGGGUUGUAAUAAUAUAAUAUAAAAUAGAGCUGAUUGUAAUGAAACUAUAGCAAUAGUAAUAACUCUAAAAUUUAAAGAGCUCUUUGAAACUUUUAUAUUAAUCCACAUUCUGCUUCCUGGCCUGCUCUAUGAUUGUCACUCAUCUUCGUAAGUCCUAAUAAAUCAGGUAAUAACAAAAUUAUUUUAGAUUAUUUUGUUAAAAGAAAGAAAAGAAAUAAUGGUAAAAAUGAUACAAAGAAACAUAUGACUGGUCCUGACAUCAAGGAGAGGUGUAAAUGUUCAGGAAGUACCCUAUAAAUAUCAGUCUUUGCAAGAAGAAAAGGAGUACUUGUGGCACCUUAGAGACUAACCGGUGCCACAAGUACUCCUUUUCUUUUUGCGAAUACAGACUAACACAGCUGUUCCUCUGAAACCAGUCUUUGCAAGAUAACUGCAGUGGAUUAAACUACGUGUCCAUGGCACCAAACAGCACAACUAAAUUAGUUGUAGCCAGCUUGCUAAAUUACUUUAUUUCAAAGUAUGCCAUGAAGCUAAAAAUGGUGUUAAUUGUUAAAAUUAUCACCUUAUUCCUAUAAAACAUUGAGUGAAAUAAACUAUUUUCAAGCAAAUGCAAAUCUUAGCCUAUGUUCACAAUGAAUUUGUGACCAUGAGCUGAAGUGAGUCAUACAGCUACAUAGCCAGGAGCUUCCCUUCCUGCCCAGUCAUCCACAUGCCUCACCCUAUGUCCUAGGCAUCAGUACUUAGCUAAAACACCUUUGGCUAAAAGGAUUGGUGGUCCACCUCCUCCCGUCGCUGUGUGUUAGUGUCUGCCUAGGAAUCCCCUCUCAUUCCACACCUUCAUGAUGAAUAAGAUCGCUGCUUCUUCCUCAAGCAGAUUUUUCCGGAAGCCAAACACUAUGUCUGCUGCCUAUCCACACUUUAUUAAAAUGUUACAGAGAACAGGAUGAGCCAGUUCCUUUCCCCCAUAGGGGAGGAUGGUCAGGGAAAAUAUUCCCCCCACCUUCUGAAGCCAUCUUGUAACUAAGCUCAGGGUCAUGACACAUCAUAACCCCAAGGGUGUUUGCUAAGCACCCCCAUUAGUACUCUAGCAAACAGUUACUAGGGAUAAUGAGGUUUGUUGUCUCUCAGAUUAGUUACUUAGGCCCAGAUUCUCAAAGGUAUUUAGGUGCCUAACUCACAUGAGGAAGGUGGCUAAAUAUCUUUGAGAAUCUGGGCCCAGGUGGCUACAGAGAUGAAAGAGGUAUGGGGAGGCUGGCACAGGCUUGCCUCUUCACCCCCUCAAAGCAUUUAAUGGUGUGGAGAGCAGCCCAUAGCACUUAGCAAGGUGAAUGGGCACCUGCCAUUCCUUGUAGUUCUAGCGAGAAGGGGGUCAGCUGUAUUGGACAUUCUUUGUGGAGUUUUGCAUUUUGGAACUCAAACCUCCAACUGGUAUUUCAGGUUCUCUUCCAGCCCCUGAGAGCAGAACUGUACAAGGUUAAGUUUGUGCAUCUACCACCGGGGGGCGGGGGGUGUCACAGAGUCAUCCGCAUUGUCCUUUCAAUAAAGCCUUUAGGCUCUUUGAGGCAUGCAUUUGUUAUGGGUCACUUUGGUAUCAGAUGUUUGUAAUUAAUCAUGACUUCAGGAAUCACAUUAAUAAUAAAAAGCAUGUGGCACACCCCAAAGAGGAUUUCUCAGAUUUUGUGUGUCCUGAUUAAAGUCUCCAGUACUAGUCACAUGUAGAACAGAUGUUGAGUCACUUUAUACAUAUCGCUCUCACAACUACAUACCACACUGAAAUUAAAAGCAUGGCCUGAGAUGGUAGCAUGAAAGUGAGUUUACAAAAAAAAAAAAGUUCUAAUGGGAAACCUGGCAACUUAGCUUCAGAUUAAAAACACUCUUAUUGUUAGUGAAAACAGAUGUUGAAACCUUAGGGCCAGAUUGUACCUACAACCCCAGCUCAUGUUGGAGGCUCUAGCAGAAGCUCUGCAAGGCACUGUGCCUCAAAAGCCAAAAGGACUGCCACACCACCACCCGUUAGGAAAGUGCACUGUUGCUUCUCCUCCCUCCACCCAUUUGCAGUAACUAGAGCCUGCAGAAACACUAGCAGGGAUCAGUCCUUGUACUUGAAAUGCUGGAUGAUACCUCUGGGGUGUGGGAAGGGAGACCAAAAAAAAACCCCUCAUGUCCUCCCAAUUUGCAUACCUGCAUUGUAGCCAUUCACCAUCUGGCCCUUUCUAUGCUCUUGCAACCCUACCAAUCCAAGAAUAUUUGAAGAAAAGGAGUUUUAAGAAAAGAGUAUGUUUUCACUGCUUAUUUUUGUCCACCAUAGUGUCUAAGUCCAUGUUUGCUGGUAUGCUUUACUUUUAAAAUACACAGGCAGUGUGCCCACACAUGCUUAAUAAGAAGAGCAUCAUGGAGAAAAGAUUGGCAGGUAUAUUUAUAGACUGCAAGUACCAAAAAGAGAUGAGUUUUUAAUCUAUGUGCUUUAUUUGAUGUAAGUUACAGUU